AUGGGUGACAGAGCGGGACGGUCGGUUCUGACUUCCGGUUGGUUCUUAUAUACAUCCAAUCAGCCACUCAUUCAGUCACACACAUCUGAACGAACCACGGACUCUGACACUGGCUCACAGACAGCAGCGGUAAACAACCACGCUUCGCCUUUCAAACGUUCCGUUGUUACUGCUGUUCGUUCUACUUCUCUCGGAUUCGGCGAACAGAUCGACAAACACCGGGUGACGCAAAAACUACUUCUAGACGUCCUCCUGCCCGGCCAUCGGGAGUUGAUCCUGAAAUCCUGCAGUGACCAUCACUAUCCUUUCUUAAGAAGAAGCCGCCAGCCACCUUUGGCAGUAACAUAUUUUUUUUUACUGUUCUCAGCCGACAGUUUUGGUAUAACUGUCCAGUAA